GUUUGUGCGUUGCGCGUGCUUACGACUUGCAAGACCACUUCCAUGCUCAUCGUUCGAAGAAGCUUCCAUGUUCUGAAGCUUAGCUGAGGACGAUCUAUUUGUUCUUGUGAAUACAUUGUGGACCAGGUGCAUUAAUUCGCGACGUUUAAGGUUUCUACAUAUCUUUGUCGUACAAGAAGAAUAUCGAGUUAUCCUGUGCAAGGACUGAACACACCUGGGAGCGAUUGAAAAGCACGUCCCAAGACCCCUCCAACUAAAAUCACUCGCCUAACCUUUCCCCUGCCCACCUUAUCCUGCCUCUUAUCCUUCCCCUCUCCCCGUAAAUCUCAAGAAGAGCUUUCGUUCGGAUCACAGGACCUGUGACUUCAUUAUGGACAGUAUGGAUUCGAAACCCGUUUUGAACGAUGACCCCUCGGUCACUCUGACCAUCCGCCUGAUUAUGCAGGGCAAGGAGGUUGGAAGCAUCAUUGGGAAGAAAGGAGAGAUCGUCAAGAGGUUCCGCGAAGAGUCCGGCGCGAAGAUCAACAUCUCCGACGGUUCAUGCCCGGAGCGAAUAGUGACAGUGACCGGACCGACGAACUCAAUCUUCAAAGCGUUCACGCUGAUCUGCAAAAAAUUCGAGGAAUGGUGUUCCCAGUUCCACGACAUCCAGGGAAGCGGCGGUGUACCCAGGCCACCCAUCACUCUCAGGUUGAUCGUCCCAGCAUCGCAGUGCGGCUCUCUGAUCGGCAAAGGUGGCUCUAAGAUCAAGGAGAUCCGCGAGGUGACCGGUGCCUCGAUCCAGGUCGCUUCUGACAUGCUGCCUAAUUCGACAGAACGCGCAGUCACCAUAUCCGGUACCAGCGAGGCCAUUACACAGUGCAUAUAUCACAUCUGUUGUGUUAUGCUAGAGUCCCCUCCCAAAGGCGCCACGAUCCCUUAUCGCCCCAAACCCCAAGUUGGUGGGCCAGUGAUCCUGGCUGGUGGGCAAGCCUACACCAUCCAGGGUAAUUACGCGGUGCCCGCCCACUCGGACGUAAGUACAGUAUUGCCAUUGCCCGCGCCCGCUGCCGGGCCCACCCCGCCCUCGCUGAACACCCAAACUUUGACGACUUCGCCCUUCGCGGCCCACCCUUCCUCCUCGGCCUUCGCCGCUUCUCACGGGCAUCCGCUCCUAUCCACGGCCCACCUUACAACCCCACAUCAUCCCCUCCACCCGAGCCCCUUACACGCCAGCGUGGCAGGCCUCGCCGACCCCCUGCUGAAGAGUGGACACUUGCAGGCAGCCCUCCCGCCCGCACACCUCGUGGCAGACGCCAUGGGCAAGCUUGGUAGCAAUCCAUUGGCCGGACUCGCGGCUCUAGGCCUCGGAGGCCUUGCCACACCUGCCAACACAGGUGGAUUGAAUCCAGCAGCAUUAGCGGCACUGGCUGGUAGUCAGCUACGUACCAGCAACACGAACAGGCAACAGCCAGCGGCGAACAAUCAGACGCACGAGAUGACCGUGCCAAACGAGCUGAUCGGCUGUAUCAUCGGCAAGGGUGGUACUAAGAUCGCUGAGAUCCGUCAGAUCUCCGGCGCCAUGAUCAGAAUCAGCAACUGCGAGGAGAGGGAGGGUGGCGCCACGGAUCGUACGAUCACCAUCACCGGAAAUCCGGACGCUGUGGCACUAGCACAGUAUCUCAUCAGCAUGAGGAUAUCACAGGAAACGACGGGACUGUCGAUACCCGCGUACCACUUCAUCCCGCCGGACCACAUCGUUAAGUCGCCGAUCCACUAAAAGUGGUGAGACACAUACGUAUGUCGUUGUCGUCGUCGAAAGGACGCGGGGCGUCACGACGCACGCGAAGCUGUCAAUGGCAUCUGGAGCUGGGCCACGCACUGUGUUCAACCAGCUUGCUAAUCGACACACAUUUUUAACACUCGUAUUACACCUACGCAUACAUGAUACAUAUACACGAUUAUAAAGCACACACUUGGUUGAAAGAGGAACAAGAGCACACACGAUACUACACAAAUACACACACAGACACACGGUGAGCAAAAGGUGAACAACAAAAAUGGAGCACAUCGUCAGGAUAGGAAAAAGAAAAGGGAGACUUGCAUACACGUACACGCAUACACAUAUAAAUAUUUAUAUAAACGUAUACAUAUAGGUAUACGUUAUAAAAGCGAUAAAAAGCAGAGAGUGGUAGGCGUGGGAUACACGUCACGAGAGAUUAGAUACACGUUGUAUGCAUAAACACGUAUACACACAGAGGUAUAGAGACAUAUAUAUAUAUAUAUAUAUAUAUAUAUAUAUAUACAUACACGUACACUGACACACACAUAUACACACGUCGUACAUGCAUACGUGAGAAUAUUGUGCGCGCGCUCUCGACAAGAGAAUCACAGAGGUGUACAUAAGUGGCGAGAACGCAGAGAGAAAAGGGAUUAAAUCGAGCACGCGCUUAAUAAUAAUGGUAUAUAAAAAGAACAAAAAAAAAUGAAGAAAAAAAAUAAGAAGUAUAAUACAUGCAAGUAGAGACGAUGAAGGCACGCACGCGCGUACACGGUUAUAUGAUAUAUAUAAAUAUAUAUAUAUAUACUCGAGUGUACAAAACUGUACAAAAAGAUAUUUAAACGAACAAAUGAAACAAAACAAGCAUACAAACAAACUGAAAAAAAAAAGAAACAAAUAAUAACGAUGCACGCCGCAGCCCGUCACACACACACGGUGGCUGCUGCCGAUUGGUAAAGGGAACAAGCCAAAGAUAUGUUAGUUUUCAUUUUUAUAUUUAAAAAAACGAGAGAAAAAAAAACAAAACGAGAAUAGACGAGAGAGGCGGGAGAGAAAUACUACGGCGGCCGAAAAUCUCGGAUCAUCGGCAUCUCGAUGAUUGGAUCUUUGUUUCCGUGGGUGUCAGUUGUAUAGUAAAAAUAUUGCUACCUUCGAUCGGAGAAGGUAAAAACGUGCAAUUUUGUAUCGAAACAGCACCAGCUUAAUUUCUGUUCGAAGUUGCGUCAAUGUUACGUUCAAUUAUACAAAUUUGUACAACAACUGUACGAACGAUGUUACGUUGUGCUUCCAACUAGUUUUACUAAAAUUCGUAAUUGAACCCAGAAUGCAUUAAUCUUUAAAACGAUACUCGAUAAUAUAAAUUAUCUUCCAACUAUUGUUUCGAUUCUUCCAUUGUUUGUAAUUCUUAGAAGAUUGUUAAAUACGAUUUAACAACGUAGUUAAAAUACAAAAUUUCAGCAUUCUAGGCGAAAUUAGAACGUAGAACCUAGAAAGCAUUUUAGGCAAUUUCGAACAAAAAUUGGGUCUCGUUGGUGUCGUGCGAUAUAACGUUGCACAAUUCGUAGCACCAAUUGUGGAACCAAAGGUCCGAUAGCAGAAGGGGUAGUCUAAUAUUUUCGGUCAGCAUAGUACGAGAGAAUUAUUAUUAUAAUUAUUAUUAAUCAUGAAUGUGUGAAGCAAAGACGCUGAAUAACUAUAUAAUAUUAUUAGGCCGGUUGUUAGCGUUUUUUCUAUAUUGCUGGCUAUUCUAAGGAAUGGAGACUGAUGGGUUUCUUUUCACCCAUUUAGCUAAUUUAAAACGUGAAAUCAUCCCCGAACGGGAUCACCAACUCUCUUUGGACAAUUUCAUAGAGAUCUCAUUUCUAGAGAUUUAUUAUUUUCAAAUUAAUCUUCUUUAAGAUUAGAACCAUUGAAAUCUCUAGUACGAAGAUAUCCAACAAGAAUACUCCUCUUAGAUUCUCGAUCUAACAAAGUCUUCUUUGUCACUGAUAUCUUCAUUUUUUCGGACGAACAAAUCUCUCGCUAAAUCUUUUUGUUUAUAAGUGUCGAUCAAUCAAUAGAUUUCGUUAAAGACAUAUUGGUUUCGAGCGAAUACUCGGAAUAUUCGUGGAGAGUAAGAGAAUAAUUGUUUAACAAUUAUAUUUCCCAACUACAGAUACCAGACAAAGGAAAUAACUUUCAGAUUUUAUCAAUCUUUUUAAUAAUUCAACUUUUUAUAAAUUGCAAUUUAGUUUCCUUCUUAAGGUAUAGAUAACUUGACGUUUCUUUUCUUCUCUUUUUUUUUUCCUGAUCCUUCUUGGCUGGCGAAUUUUAUUUGUAAAGAUGUAGUGGAGAAGAUCGCUCUCCAGUAGAAUCGAACGAUCGUAAUUAGACAGAGGAACCGCAGUAGAAUCGGACGAUCGUAAUCGAACAAAGAAGCUACCACUCGGGAUUUCUGCAGAGCUUUGAAUUUAUCAUCGCACGAUUCUCGAUUGUUACUUUCUAUGGCAAUGGAUUCUGUUGGUUUUCUCUGUCGAUACAGACGAAGCAAGAAGGAUCUUCGACUUGAUAAUUGAUUAAUUUCUCAGUAGAUUCUCUUUUCCCCUUUCAAUGAGGUCAACCAUUCUUCAGGAGAUUAGGUUCAUCGAUAUAUGAGAGUUCUUCGUCUCCUUCAGGUCUUAAUGAAAAUUUAAGAGAAAAGAAAGAGAUAUAAAAUCGUUAUUGAAGAACAAUUUUGUUACGUUCGGUUUAAGUAAAUAAUAUUAAUUUGUCAGGUGGAACUCCGAUCAGUGUAGAAGCGAGACUCCGCCAAUUACUCGAUUUUUAAUUGUUAUCGUUGUUAUACGUUACGAUGUAACUUUUAUUUUGCCGUCAUCGCCAUCCGUGACGAUACUUUUUUCAAGAUGCUUAAAAAAGAGGACGUCAGAAAGUCUUCAGGGAAUUUUUAAACAAUUCGAAAUCCAUCAAAUUAAUGUAGCAAAUACGGUUGUUUUAUGAGAAAUAUUAUUGUAUUCGCGAGAUUGUUGUUACUUUUACUAAUUUAUUAGUGGUCGUCAUUAAUAGAGAUUUAUAUGGAUAAAUGUUGCAUUGUUAAGAUUCUGUUUAUUUUUGUUACGAAAAUAUUUUGUUUCUCUUAUUGUUAAAUUCCAGUGUUUUUAACGUGGAGCUUCGAGUCAUUGACGUACUAUCAGAUCGUACUGUUAGCGAUAACAUUCGAAAAAAUGAGAACUAUUAAAUAGUUAUUUGGCGAUAACAAACGUGAAAAACUCUUCGUAAUGGUUUUAUCGCCAAGUGGAGUGAUAAAUUUAAUGUUUCAGACAUGGAAGAGUAUAAUUUUAAAAUAGAUUCUUUAAUUACGUUAUGUUGUACUUUUUUCGCUAUAAUUUCAAACAAUUGUAGAUACUUUGAACAUUAUUUCUUUAUUUAUAUGUAGAAUAUGUAUGUCGUUCACGGAGGCAUGAUGUAUUUGUUUUACAGUUCAAUACUCAGAAUUUCUCUGAUCUCCAAGUGCAACACUCGACUUCUGUACGAACGACGAAAAGGGGAGAAGUUAUAUUCUUAUUUCUUGUCUUUCGUCUCGAAAAGUGACCACGACCGUAGCUGGAUGUCACGUCGAGUUCCUCUUUAAGAAACCUUGAAGCUUUCCUCGAAGCUUGGAACCGAUGUCGAGUCCAGUGUGACGGAUCUUCAAAAAGAAAAAACACGCGUUCCAAUCAUCGUACCGAGAAAACUGGCGACGAAAUUUUCAAAAAAAAAGAAAAAGAAUAAAAAAAUGAAGGAAAAUACGUCGAUAUAUGAGGAUCGUUUAUUAGAACGAUCGAAUCGACGGUGGCGCGCACUUCCGUUGAAGGAACAAAAAUGAAAUUAUUACGUGGAGUAUAAAUAACGAUAUAUUAUAUAUAUACAUAUAAUAUAUAUAUAUUUAUUAUACGAUAAAAGAGGAAAUGAAAAAAAUAAACAGAAUUAGAGGGGAUAAAGUAGCGACGGAAAGGUGUGCGAGCUGAAAGCCUAGCUUCGAUCAGGAGGCGUCUCCUUGUUCACCCUCUUCUUCAUCUCUUCGCCCGCUAUUCGCGCUGUUCUUCCAUCAUGUUGUUAGGUCUCCUUUUCUCCAGGUUUCCUCCGUGGAACCAGCUCCACUAUCCGUAACUAAAUCGUGCUUCUAUAAUUGAAAAGAUUGAACGAUAAUCUAUGAAAAUGUCGACUUCCACUUAACUAGAGUAUCCAUUGUUUCAAUGGAAAAUGAUUUGACUUUCAUGCUGAAUAAUUUUAACCCUUGGGGCUGUCGCAAGGUAGAUCUAAAAUCCUAGGUAUCCACCUUAAAUUUGGAGAUAUUUUUUGUUUAUAAUUUUUAAUAUCAUUCGUGAGUCAAUAUUAUCGGCUGUCUUUAAUCCUUUAAUUUGUUGAUAUUUAAAUUUUCAAACAAAAUCUCGACUUCCGCAGGUUCGUCGUUUAUCGUUCAAACUUCUCAAUUCGCUUCGGCGACAGCUGGCGAACAAAAUCGGACGUUUCUCGAUUAUUCUCUGUGUGUGUAUUCGUUGCAGGGUAAAUUCAGUGUCUUGUGAAAUCGGCGAGCUAUGAGAAUGAGAAGGUGAUAUGAAAAGCAAGGAAUGGAAAAUUGAUAAUAAAACUCGCCGUCUUCUUGGUCUUUAUCUUGGUUGUCGUUCGCAUAUAUAUCCAGGGUGAUGUUAGCUCUCGAGACGUGCAAUAUGUCUUAACAUACGGUGCACGUACAUAAGAUACACGCAUGCAUAUAUAAUACAAACGUGUCGUUUCGUUCGGUGUCCAUUCUUUACACGAUUAUUUGUAACGAUGCGUGCAUUCGAAGUGACGUCGUCGAACGAUCUACGCGCUGUUUCUCUGGUAAUGAUAAUAGCCAUGUCUUAAAUCAACAGAGCGUAAGAAUUAUAUCAUAAAUGAUUGAAUUGUCGGAAUAACGACUUAAUAAAUUUUAUGGAAAUAAUGAAACAUGAAUAAUUGAUGUCGUCACAGUAUCUGUAAGUAUUUGCGUCAACCGAUACGUACAAUGAUUUCUGAUUUUGCUGUUAUAUCACCCUCUUACGGGAUAUUAGUAAUUGUAUAUUUAAAUUCUGCGAUGUAAAAAUAACGGGUUUGCUUGAUGAAACAAAUGGCAUUCGACAAGUAAAUUGUAUUAACUGCAAUUUGUCUGAUUAUCUCGCUCGAUGGAAAAUUGUAAAAUUUAUAAAAUCAAGCUUUGUAAUCUACAACCUUAUGGCUUAUCAAUUUGCUAAUAUUACUAUCAGUUAUUUAGUUAUUGUGCAAGAGAACCAGAGAUAAAUAUUUCUGUGUCUUUCGAUCGGGUCGUUCGACGAAAUCCUCAGCGAAAUUCUCCAUAGGAUCGUCGGUGGAAUCGAUGAAAUCCAACAAAAUUUUCGAUGAGAUCGAUGAAUUCCGACAAAAUUUUUGAUGAAAUCGAUGGAAUCUUCCAAUGUGUGCCAAAGAUUCGCGAUCCGUACGAAAUCAUCGAGGAAGCUCGUCGUUGUUCUCGUUUGGAGCCGAACAAGAUUUGCGCGCUCCGCCUCCCGCGGAUACUUCAAUGUUCUUCCUCGCCCUCUUGGCGUGUUUCCCUCACGAAAUUCUCAAUAUUUUUUAAACGAUUGUUCUUUCAAAUCGCGUGCGUCGUUCGCGCUAGCUGUCUCUUGUUAAUUUGUCAACUGAGAAGAAGAUCGUUGGCCGUGUUGCCGCGAGAAACUUUACCGUUUCUGACAAAAAGAAUUUCCUAUUUGCCAUCGCGUUUUCCUUUCUUCGUUUAAAUGUCGAGGACGCGAGAAACGUGUGCAAUACGGCGUCGCAUAGCUUUACAGCGCUUGAAAGACUUUUUUUAGCUUAUUUUCUUUUUUAGGUCGAAAGAUUUUUUUAACUUGUUUUCUUUUUUAGAUCGAAAGAUUUUUUCUAGCUCGUAGCAUUUCGAUCGCUCAAAAUUUGUAUCUAGUGUUUCGUGAUUUGAUCUUGUAAAUAUUUAUUGUUCGUGUCGUUGUAUAUAUAUUUAUCGAUUUACUCAUUUCGUUCUUCUUGUUCAUUAGAAUGAUACGUCAUUUCAUCGACUCGUUAAUCAGAUAAAUGUUCGCGUCUCUAUUUAUUGUAUAAUUUUAUUCGUUCUAUUCUCAUUGUCCUUUCUUUUCUUCCCCUCCCCCCCCUCCCCUCCCCAUGACUACUGUCUUUAACCCUUCGCGUGACCAGCACGUGACAGUGAAACGUGUAAGGAGAAUACAAAUUAGCGCGUUAAAACGAAAUCCGUUAGCUCUUUCUUAUAUCGUAAAUUAAGAAACGAUUAACUUAUUGUUAGGCGGUUAACGUAUUAUUUAUAACAUUGACAUGGUUGCGACAGCGAAAAGACGAUAUUCGAUCGUGCAUCGGCGUUCUCGACGAAGCAUUUCUCUCUUCUCUCACUACGAUCAAGAGAGACUGCGUAUGUUUUAUGCAUUCGUUGCGUAAAAUACGUAAGAGCACAUGAAAAUAUAGAAAACAGCGAAAGUAAGAUCACGAUAUUCGGAGAGUGAAAGAAUUUGCAUUAUUCCGAAUUUGAUGAAUUCGAAUAAGCAUCCACAGUCUGAUAACAAUAAUCACUCGCACACAUGUACACACUGAGGCCGCGACCAGGCAAAAAAGAAGGAAAAGAGCAACAGAAGAGAGAACAAAGUAUAAAAGAGAAAAAAAGAAAAUACAAUAGCGACUUGCAUCCUCCUCUGUAUCUUCUCGUUGUCCUCUUCGUCUUCGCGAUUCCGCGUGAUUCUCUUCGCGUCCCGUUCCCUCGUCCACAACCCCUUUUUCGCCCUCUAUCGUCGAACGUACGAUAACGACGUACCGUGAAACGUUCAAAAGAGAAAUCCACGAAGAAAUGCGCGAAAAAACAUUGGUGAGAAAAUGGUGGGAAAAACUAGGGGCAAAGGUAAACAAAAUGUCGACAUAGUUUGACGACCAGAAGGCAGCCUGUGCUGAAUUAAAAGCAAAGAUUCGGGACGAGGAGUCGUCAGAUGAGAAAUGUAAAGCAGGUUUCUGUAGCGAACAACUCGAGUAAUAAACACGCGAAUAUUAUAUAUGAAUAUAUAUAUAGUAUAUCGAGACGAACAAAAGCUGAAGUGAAAAGAGGGAAAAAAGUUGGCGGCAGACGCUGUAUGAUUGUGUAUAUCAACAAUAAAUAAUUGCUGUGAUUAGAAUCGAUUAUAUUAGUAAGUAGUUAAGGACAAUUUUUAAGGCACAGAGAUCGCAAAGAGAAGAACAAAAAAGCAGGAAAAACAAAACUGAAUAAGAAGAGUGGUAGAGUGGGCGAAUGGUUAUUAUACGAUCAUAUCGUUCGUAUUCGACGAUGUCGCGUGAGUGUGCGUGUUCUCGCGAGUGUUGUGUGUAAAUGAGAGUCAAACAGAGUCUACGAUGGAAGAAUGAAAAAUGCGAGGAAACAGUAAUCGAUUGGCUUGAAUAGAAAGAUCGUGCGCUAGAGUGAUGGUAAUGGGGGGGGGGGGGGGGGGGGGGGAGGAUGGAAAGAAAAAGGAAAAUGAUAAAAAUCGCUAGAGAGGGUGGUAUGUUUUCUUUUUUUUCUUUUCCCUCCUUCUUCGAAGGAUCAAGUACGUGCGCGCGUGCGUGUAAUCCUCCUCGAUCACGAUGAUCCACGCGUUUCAAGGAUCUAUAGAUCGGUGAACGCGGUGUCGUGUUUUGGAGGAAAGGACUAAGUAAGAGGCGAUUGCCGCGCGCGUUUACGUAGAGAACUGCAUGUACACAGGCAUACUGUGAUCUUUUCACUCGACUCGUCCUUUUAAAUUCGAUCCGACGAUAUCUUGUAAUAUCUUCGUUUAUAAUUUUAUCAUACGCCUUCCACCGAUGAAAUACCAUUUCGGAGAAACGAGCGCAAAUACGAAUUUCUAAUAUGAAAGAUUUCGCAUUAAUUAGAAAUUUGUAACUUUACGUAUCUUCCUUGUUACGUAAUAAAGGUUUCUGUAGUUUUACAUAAAUAUUACAUAGAUACAUUUAAUAAGCUUUCUGGUAGUGCACAAGCUAUCGCUUUAUUUGAGCAUUGGGAAGUCUAUUAGAAAACGUAAUCGAGAUUAAUUAAAAUUUUCACUUGAUAAUAGAAAUUAGUGCUUCUAAAACGAUAUAAUUGAGAUUAAUUUUAAUAUGCUCGGUGAUUGUGUGUGUCCUCUUUUAGUUAGGUGUUUUUACUUAGAAGGCUGUGAGGAAAAAGGAUUUAUUCAAAAUGUAUGAAUUUUUAAUAUACAUUACUUAACUUUUAUAUAUAUAGUAUAUUAUAAAUAUGCUCAAUGUAAAGUAAUAUCACACAUUCGCUAUAUUUUAAUAUUCUUUGUACAUGUCAAUUUUAUAGAGUAUUUUGGAUCACCUUUGAGAGUCUCAACUAUUCUCUACAAGAUAUUUUCCGUUUAUCGUAAUCACACUUACGAAACGAUUAAUUUACAUCUUUUAACUGAAAUUCCAAACAGUGUCCGAUCGGAAAGAAACGCAGAAACUAAAUUCUACAGUUGAUAAUUCUAUAAAAAAUUAAACAAUACCUUGCAUGGAACGAGUCGAGUGAAAAGAGCAGCCCCGUCGCGAUCAGAAUGGGCGAGCGAGAGCUGUUUGUGUUCCAAACUGUCCCAAUGAUUUCGGAUAGUCGAUACUUUGCCCGAAGAACGAUGAUCACAGUUUCGAUACUUCGUCGUUUCUUCUUAAUCUCUCGUCGUAUAUUCUUUGAUGCACGAAGUAUCGUUCACGGUCCCAUCGAUCUUCGACCAAACCAAGAAACCAAAAAAAGAAGAAAAAAAACAUAAAAAAAGGAGAAAGAAGAAAUCUCAUUUCACCAAACUCCGUUGAUGGUUUCCAAAGUCGAUCACUUACAAACGUCAAAGAGAGAAUCGUUAUUUCCUGUGUCAUAAUUUCUUUACACUAAUUAGGAACCAUCAUCGAGGCUGAUAUACUUGAAAAGCAUAUCCGGUGACACAUAUGACUAGGCUACGAACUAAUUAAUCUCUCUUCUGCUCCGAUAACAAGCAAACUCGUAUAUUUAUUAGACGUGUGUAUCGUCGAACGGAAAGUCUGUAGACUAAUCGUACUAAUUAUUCGGGACGUCUCUAUCUCGUAGCGUAUACCUUCGAGUCAGACUAGUUUCGUAGCGUCUAGUAGCCGUUAAGAAUAUCGUCUAUCGUAACUCGUAAUCUUCUUGAUCCACGGUGAAGAGGAGCCGCGUUUCUAGAGGGAUCGAUCGAACGAACAAACGCCAAAAAGGUGUCUUUUUGGUUGACCAUUCUUGAGUCGCCAAUGGUGGCUCGUGUAAAAAUGGCUAUCGUAGAACGAAAAGCGCAGAGAAGGAAGAAAGGAAAGAAAAAUCAUGGCACUGGGAGUAACUUGUACCUCUAUAGAGAAUCUCACAAACUCUUUCGAUAUGUCGAUACCGAUAUAUCGACGAUAUUCGUUUAUAGAUUAUAGCAGAAUUCGCGAGUUUCCAUCAAUCGGAAUCUUUGCGAAUCAGUGUUUACGUUGCGUUUGCGUUGCCGUAUUAACGUGGAAAAUUCAAUUCCGUUUGAAAAAUCUGCAGAGAACACGGCUAGCGCCAACUACGCUUUACUCGAAUAAACCUUGGAAAACGAAAGAUUUCUUCGAGUCGUUGGAAAAACGUGAUCUCGAUCGUUUGAAACUCGUGAAUUUUCCAAUGAUCUGCAGCUGCGGAAAAAAAAAGAAUUGGACCAUCUCGGCGUAGCUUCUCGCUGUAUGAACCAACCAAGAACAAUCAGACGAUCGUCGAAUGGUCUUUGUUUCGGUGUAGAACGAAUCGUCGCAUCUUCAACCACUUCCCGCCCCCCUUUUUCAUGUCGGAAUAUUCGUACGCACGCGUGUACGCGUGAUUUCCAGCUGAAAUCCAAGUUGCGAGCAGCUUGUUAUGCAGAGGGGAACAGAUAUAUCGCGUGUCGGUCAUUUUGUUUCUCAGAGAACAGAGAAUUGUUUCGUGUAUAUGGAGAAUAUUAAUCGUAGAUUCGAUCCCUUGAUAUUAGUCCUCCCUAUUCGUCUCGUCAUUUGCCCUCGAAUGAAAUUUAUUCGAAGAAAAGCGAGGACGUUGCGCGCGUCAACUUCGAUAGGAACGCGUUCGUAACGUUGUGGCGUAGAGCAAUCUGUUAGUGCAGGGGCCUUAUCCUUACUGCGCGGGCACUGACCGGAAAUCGUCGCUGGACCACGCGACGCCAUUGCCUUUCAAUCUGGAGCUGUUGAACACGUUUGCGCCGCUCAUCGAAUUCUUAUUGUUCGUAACAGAGAUAGAGUUACUCGUGCGAAAUUAUGUUGUACGUAUUUCUACGUUGUGGAAUUUUACGAUGAAAUUGCAGAUUUUGCAGUUUAGAAACACGCGCUUAACAUUAAUUUUAUCCGUUGCGUGUGUGGAUUAUUUUCGAGACUUCGUGAAUAUUUGUUAACUUUUGUCUCGUGUUUGAGUCGACGCUGAAUGCACGUAAAAGCAUAGACCGAGACACGAGACUUAGAGAGCGGGCGUGUUAACAAGAACUUGGUUUCAAAGCGAAAUUUCUGCCCGAGCUGGCGUAUCUUCUGCGACGUAAGUUGUUUGAAAGAAUCGGAGGAUCGGAUUUACGAAUGUCGAUGUUUGCAGAAAGCGUGAAAAUAAUUGGCAAUGAUUUGAGUAAAAAAUUUAUGCGGAGGAUAGAAAUAUUUUCGAUAGAGUUUUCGAAGAGAGAUAAGGUGAUAAGAAGAUAGAAUUAAAAAUUGCGUUGUAUCUGGAUUUUUGUAGUUUUUGUAGUAUAAUUACCGUAAGGUUGCUUUGUAUUAGAAAUUUUAGUAGAUAAAGACGAAAAUAAUCGAAGAAUGAUAAUAAUUUGGAGAGUACUUUGCGAAAAAUGUAGUUACACUUCGUGCGAUAAGAAGUCGGACAAAAACGAAGAACAGGGUCAUUGUGACUAAGAAAAACCACAAUAAAUCGUUCGAAUAAUAGUAGAACAAAUAUGCGAUAUUUUUUACUCAACGAUCGAACUUUCCACUUUGCACGAUUCUUAAUGAUCGUGUGUUCCAUUGAUUCGUUAUUUUUUUAAAUAUAACAAAGAUUACCGUGAAGGUAUUUCAACAACGCUCAAGCCGAUCGAUAGCUAACGCCUUGAUACAACCAGACAGUAUUAUCGGAUCUUUUCGUGUCCUUUCCUAAAGACAAGUUAGGCGACUAAUAUACAUUAUAGAGUAAGCAUAGAGUCGAUACUUUUUGAGAUACUUUAAUCCCACAUAUCACGAAACGUAAGAGAAGGAAUAUCGGGUUUGCUCAAUCUUAACUAGAGGUACAUUCGAUCAUUUCUAGAAGUAAAACGAGCUAUUUCUUUCGGAAUUGAGUAUUAUUUUUCGAACGAUCCUAUGAUCGUUUGAAAAUUCGGUCCAUCGUGGAAUGUAAUAAUCGUAGCAACGGUGAAAAAACAAAUCAGGUUACUAGAAUCACAAAACUGAUGACUCAACGUCUCAAAUAAUCUACAAUCCGACGUUUCAAUUAAAAAAUUCCAAUUAAGAACGCUGGAACUGCGAUUCGAGGGGUCGACAACAAAGAUGAAAAGGGUUCGCAGAGCGAGAGGAAGUGAUUGGAGGGUUGAAAUUUCCGGUCGAUCGAGCGUGGAUCGGCGCGUUUAGAAGAGGAUGGAGGCGCGUGGUCCACGACGAUCCGUGUCGGUCGCCCAACCUUAACCGUAACGCAAGGCAAUCAGCUAAGAAAUAACUUAGUUUUUAUAGGAUAUUGAAGCGCACGCGCCCUACUUCCGGCGGGGCGCGGAAUUAAGGGCAAGAAGAACAAAAGAGAAAAAAAAAGAGAGUAAAGUAUAAAAAAAAAGGACCUUUUAGUUCUCUCGUCUGAAGGGCGCGUGGAGAAAUAAAAGAAAAGAAAAGACUCGAGCGCGAUUUUGGACGGCCGCGCGAAGAUUCUCAACGGCAUAUUUUUCUGUAACGAUUAAGCAAAAGAGUAAAAAAAAAAAAGACAAAAAGAAACACGAGAGAAAGAGAAAGGGAGAGAAAAAAAGAGAGACUGUGUGCGUGUGUGCAGAUGUGUGCUUGUAUGCGUGCGUGUGCGCGUGUGUGUUUGCGUGUGUGUGCGUGUGUGAAAGAAACGAAGGAGAGACGAACGGGUAUUCACGAAGGGAAAACGGUACAUAAUGAACGAAACGAGGAAUCGGGAAGAGUACGCGGAAAAUGGAAAAGAGAGAGGGAGAGAGUGGCACACUUGGAAUAAUCGAAUCGCAGAGAUACAUGGAUGCGCGCAAGAUAUAUGUGUAAUUGUUUUCCUUUAGACGUGUGCCAAAAAAUAAAAAGAAUGGAGCGAAAUGAAAUAUGAAAGAGAAGGAGAAUAUAUAUGGAGAUCGUGAGGAUUGUUUGGCGAGCGACUCAAACCGUGUGCCAAGCUUAGAUGAAAAGAAACAAAAUGAAAAAAAAAAAAAAAGGAAAUAAUCGCGGACUGAUUAAUUACGUGUGCCAAAUCGUCGUUGCACAGACACAUACGUACGUACGUACAUGUAUACACACGCGUACAUAUAGAGGCAUACACGUACGUACAAUUAUUAUCGUACCCGCUGCAGCUGUUCUCGAGUAGCGAGCUCUUUGCCUGCCGAUUUUUCGUGUUCCCUUUUGUUCGCGUACUUAGAGAGAACCAGCCGUGUCUCCGUGCUUCUUUGUUCGCGCCGUAGAAUAAUUCCUCGGUCCGUUUAUGGAUGGAUGGAUCCUGUUUAUAGAUAUUAUAUUCGUAGAUUGUUUUUUCUAUACGUUACGUACGCGAGAGGGUAGUCGAUUUUUGUACGAAGAUAUCGGGAUAGGAUUGUACGGUAUAUAGUGGCUUCGCCGAAGUAUAAGACAGGAAAAAUCGGCAUCGAGCGAGGGAAGGAAUAUUCGAUCGGUUGCGACCAGUGAAUUGUCCGUUUUCUAGGAUUUUAUCAAAUCUCUUUUAAUACUCUUUCGAAACAUUAAGAACGUUCGUAGUGAGAUAUACAAGAAAGAGAUUAUAGCGCAUCGACUAUAAUAUUAUUUGAUUUGAGCCUUUGAGAAUCUCUAAAUGACUGAACAAUAUAGUAGGACUUGUGCCAAACCAUCUUGUUUCUCUACUUUACAUAUAAUCUACUUUAAUCGUUAAGUCUUUAACAAUUGAGUCUUCCUUACGCGAUUUAGAGUAGACGUUUGGGACAGGCUGUUGUUCGACAAAUUAAACUACGUUCCAUAAGAAGAGAUACAAUCAUUACAGUCUGUCGGAAAUUAGCUUGAUUAGAUCGAUACAAUAAUUAACUUCUCGCUAUGUUAAAGCUUCAUUUAAGAGCAAGCGAAACGUAAUAACGAAGAAUGUUUUAAUUCUCCUAAGUAGAAUAGAUAAAUAAGUAAGCGAUUACAGAAUUAAAAUAAACGUAGACGUAUGAUACAAGAGGGAUUACAAUUUUAUCUUUGAUAUAAUAUAAGGGAGGAAGGUGAAAGGACGUUUCAUCGGUUGCAACCGAUCAAAUGGAAGUGGAAAAUGAACGUUUUCAACGGCAGUUCAAAUCAUACGUAAAUUAAGAAUGCGGCCCACGAAACGGGGGCCCAAAAGACAGGGAUUAUGUAAAAAAAGAAAAUACGAUAAUACGAACUUCUAACGUUGGGAGCUUUAAUUGUUUGCAUCGAUAUUCGCGAUCCAUUCGAAAGAUCGUCUCGCGUUAUCUAACGUUGAUAACGGGGUAACACGUUUCCGUUACACGAACCAAGCAAACUUAGUAUACAUCUUCCCGUUCGUGUGAUUUCCAUCAUCCCCUGCUGUCCGUUCCUGCUUUUUCAUCCUCGUCUUCUUCGAUGACUGUGAGUGAGAAUUCGCGUUAACAGAACGAUCGAUAAAUAUCCAGUUGCUCGAUGAUCCACGAUCUAAUAAAAGAAAUAAUUUCCGAGUAAGGAGCAAAAGUCUGAUUAAUAAUCAUAACGAAAUAUGUUUUUAAACGUACCAUCGUAUCUCAUCGCAUAUCAAUUUUAGAUAUAUAGGAAUUGAAGUCGCGAAUAUUUUAUAAGAUAUAGGGACUCACCUAGGUCUGUAUGUUCUUCGACGCAAGAUCAUCGAGCGUCGAGGAUAGUAAAUAUUAUUGCACAAUUCCCUCUGAACGGAACAAGUCAAGACUCUCGUAAGAAGAACAAUAAUAACAAACACCAGCCUUUUCGAAAAUGGCAAAAUUCCUGCGACCUUCGUAAUUUGACUUGAAUAACGCGGGUCAAAAUUAUUUUUCCAACUAGGAUUAGGAGAUAGUAACAUUUUCAAUAAUAUUCGUCUAUUUCAAAGCGAAACUUUGUCACUCGAAAGGUUUAACGAAUCACGCGAAAGAUUAGCAACUCGCUGAGAAUCGUCGUCGUGGAUCAUUUUGGAGCAACGCAAAAUGGAAUUAGAGCUCGUGCCAACACUUUGAGCGAUCGUGUCCGGAGAUGCAUCGAAGGAGAAGCGCUCUGCACGAAAAAGCGAACCAGAAAGCACAUCGAUGAGAGAAGAAAGAAAUAUAUGUAUAAAUACACGAAAAAGGCGUUCCCUGUUUCCUUUGCACAUCACACCCGCACCCAGCGAUAUGGAUGAUCCGCGUUGUUAAUGACCAUUCUUCAAGCUGAUUCCUUCUCUUCCUUCAUGUUCGACGCCUUUUCCUUUUUAUCUUCCUCGGCCGAUAUCGACUUAUGUUAGAAAGCCUUUACGAAAACAGGGUCAUACAAAUACUUACGUGUAAUACGAGUAUUUUAAAUUUUUUAAUCGCGGUUAAAGUGACAAGAACAAAAAGGAGGUUAAGAAAAAAAAAAGUAAAAAAAGAGAUGAAAAUGAAAAAAAAAAGGUAACAAAAAGCGAUGAGUUAGAAAGAAGAAACAGAGAAGCAAACGUAGUAGUGUGCAAUGUAUAACAAUAUGAACAAACUAAAUAAGAGACGUAAACAAAAGAAACAAAAAAUGGUGAAUAAAAAUUUUUACAAAAAAAAAAAAGAAGCUGAGAAUGUGUGCGUGUGCGUGUGUGUCUGCGUGCAUGUAUGUUGGGAGAGAUUGAUCGAGCGAAAGAGAUAAAGCGAGGGAUGCAGUGCCACGAAAGGGAAAUGCGUAAAGAGAAAAUGUCGCGUUUGCGUCUUUCAAAGCGUUUUCGUUGGAUAAAAGAACGAAGCGUCGCUUUUUAUAACGUGUUGCUGCGAAGAUAUAUAUGUAUGUAUAUGUGCGCAUAGAGCUGCAUACUGUAUCGCAUGUGCAGGUGCAAACUAGCGAGGUCUGCGAGCACAGGGAAUAAGAUGAACGUGAACACCGUACUUGAUCGCGGUAUCUAUUCGUCGAACGAUCGAUCACGGUAGCCCGACCGGAUCCUCGUCGAUUCAUCGGCUCUGUUCAACGUGUUAAGCUUCUGGGUCAAUCUUCCGUGUACGGGCCUUUAAUUUGUCUUCCUUUCAUUGGUAUUACCUUGGUGACGUUGUACGUAAACGUUGAGCUCGGCAAUAUCGUAGCGGUGUAGAAUAGAUGGAAGACAAGGUAGUGUAACAACUUGAAAACCAUGAUUUGAUAGAAUGCACAGGAUCGAGAACGUUGAAUUGUUAAUUGGAAAUGAAUUCAGCAAUCGAGGGUUUGAUCGUGCCGCGAUCGAUCGAGGACUACGUAAUUCCAGGGUAACGUUUUAUAAAAUCCUCCGAUGCACGCGAUAUUCGUACGAAAAGGGGAGACAGGCGUACAGAGAAAUAAAUACGUACAUUAGAGAUGCAUGGAUACGAAUCGUAAAACGGUAUACGGUCGAAUUUACGCGAAGGGGAGAUUUUCUUUAGGAGUGUAAAGAUAACGCGAGCAAGCAUGGGGGAGAACGAAGUAAGACACACGUGCUGUAAGUAGACAGUGCAUACGGUGCCACGCAAGAGUAGUGUGUCUUGAAAAUGAUAGACGGUUGCUAGCAAUCGCCGUCGCGCCAGCGAACACGAAAAUUAGCUGAAGCAAGACGAAAAUACGUAGGACAGAUGCACGAACGAGAUACUCGUGAAAUUAUGUGCAACUUGAAAACACACUUUCACGGCUACUAUUCUUGUCCUGGCAGCGUACAUACGUAUAUAUACAUAUAGGCGUAUAUGUAUAUAUAAAUGAUAUACAAUUACUGUAAGCAUAUAAGAGAUAUAAUUUAUAUAGCUGUAUUCUACGUCAUCAGUACAUGUAGGACAGGCUUGCGAGUGUUCACAUGUGAUCGUCUCAGCCGGCGUGAGAGUGCUUUAAAAUCUAGAGACUGCGUGAGUGAGAGAGAUACAAUAUAUAAAUAUAUAUAAAUAUUAAAAAGAAAAAAAGGUAUAUAUAAUAAAUAGUUAGAUACAGAAAGAGGGAGAGAGAAAGAGAGAGAAAAAUACACUAUACCUUGUAGUCGACGUUACAUAUCUUUGCAACUCAUUCGUUAGAGAGCAGAAUUUGUCUGUUAGGCGGAUUCAGCGACGCCCAGCGAGCUAUAAUAUGUGUCUGUUUAAUCCACGGCAAGACCAAUAUCGCGCGAUUCAAACAAUCCAAUCUUAGAAAAGGCGUCGCUGGUCGACUGUGCGAUCGAUCACGGUGAUCCUCGCGGGUAGCAGACCCGUGAAUGUGACGCACAGACGACUCAGACCUGGCCCAAAAGUCAGUCUACAUAUCAGACUCUAUAUAGUUAGCAUCAGGUCCCCUUCUCAGAUUACGAUGAUUUUUACUCCGAGUAUAAAUUUCUUGUGUAUUUUUUACGAUUCAUGUGGCUCUGCCUUCCAUUCGUCAUCAGAGAUUUUUCCUAUCGAGUCUCAGAUUUAUCGCACGAUACGGUGAAACCUUCUGAAACGUGAGAAGAACGAGUCUGUGAAUCAUAGUUUAUCGAACUUUAAAUCCAUCGAUCUCUCCCCCCUGAAAAUGUCAUGAUGUGCUCACCUUUUUCCCAUGGUGAUUUCGAGUCGACCAGCUCUCCUCGAGUGAUCCAGGUCGAACAUAGUCAUCGAUAGCCCUCCCUAAGUCGCCAGAUCUUCGUCUGGGUCUUUCCUCCUUCCCCUGAAGAAAAACAAGCUACAUCCUAGAUCUAGAAGAACUAUUCGUAUCGUCAGUAACUGCUACUCUAUUUACCAAUGCUACCUAACUGUAACCGGCAUUAAUACCGCUACUGUAUCGCCCCGUUAUCCAGCUGUUCCGCGAACGAAAUCGUAAAUUGUUCCAUUUCUCUUGUCGAUCGUUAGUUUUAACGAGCCCGCGUGAAAUUCACGUCCUCGAAACAGGUGUAACGAGAGGCUAGACUCUUUCGAAAGGACAUAAUCGUCGAUUCUUUUUCUCGUGGGAAGGUCAAGACAGAAAUUCGAUUUCGUUGCGCGAUCAUCGUCGCGUGUUUCUUCAUCUCAUUCCUUCGGUUUCUUGUCUUGAUUCCUGGCAUCAUCCGCGUUGAGAGAAAAUUGUGGCUUCUAUCCUUUCGGAAAGCGGUAUGAAUUUCUCAUUCGGUACAUUGCUCGAGAAUCGAGACGUAUCGAGAAGUAUCUUUAUGAUUUUCGAUGAUACCGUGAGUAUCGUUCGAAAACGAAAGUUGGUUGUUUCGAAGCGUUUCGAAUAACUAACAAGUUUCCCGAGGUUUUACUAUAUCAUUUUGAUUAGCAAUCGAUAAUAUAGUAGUUAAUAAUUAACUCUUGAGGAAUUGAGAAAUUAUAAUUUUUAUAAGAAGAGAGAGACAAUACAUUAUACAAUAGAAUGAUAAUAAAAAGUGUACAAUUUUAUGUACAAAUGUGAAGUAGCAGAAUAAGUGCUGAAAUUGGCGUUUAGAGUUUCCAUGAUAGUAUUCGUAAAAAGAUAUAGCGUUUAAAGUUUUAUAGGGUGGUAUUCCAAAAGUAGUAGCGUAGAAUUAUUAUCGUGGCUUUAAAGCUUCGUUUUUUCUUUUUUUUUUUUUUUU